UUUUUUCCUAUUAAACGGAAGCUUUUGGGUACUUCUCUCUCCAUAUCAAGUUCCUACCUUGAAGAACAAAAUAAUUAUGAGAAGAUGAAGCACCUAUCCUCCAUUGCCAACGACAUCAUACACAAAUGUGCACUUUGCCUGGGUUGAAUAAUAUUUUCCAGAAAGUUGAAUACUUCAGUAGAGAAACUGGUGGAGGAGUUUGAAGCAGAGUGGAAAUGGAAUCCUGAAAGUGAAACGAGUGCGUAUUCAAAGAAACUGGUCGAAUUUUGUACUUCAAAGGCAAUUCAUGAAGAAUGUAAAGACAUAGAAGACAAAAUUAGUGAUGGGUCAUUUGCCCGAUUCACGUUCGAUAUGAUGCUUGCAUGGGAAAUUCCUAGCUUUCGGGAUGAGGAUUCUCUUAUGGAGUGCAAGAGUAAGGGGAAAGAAGACAGGAGGUUACUUGCAGAAGAUAUCUCUCUUUUCUAUACAGAUCUUAUGCCACUCCUUGCUAAUGAUGAGCCCAGUGUUGGAGAAGAUGCAUUUGUAUGGUUGGCGACAUUGAUUCCAUUGGCUGGAGAUAUUGUUAAUGGAAGAUUUACAUUUGAAACUUUCACAGCACCUACAGGCCACCGCCUUUUUUUCCCUGCUUUUGACAAGUUCUUGAAAGAAAUUGAUGAAUGCAUAAAGCAUUUGCAAAAGCAAGCAAAACCAAAGGGUGUAGAGCUAGCUGAUGAUGAAUUUAUACUACAUGUUGAGGGCACAGCAAGCUCACAGAGAGUAGUCCGCCAUGUCAGAGGAACAAGUUGGCCUGGUAGGCUUACACUAACUAAUUAUGCUCUAUACUUUGAGGCUUCGGGCGCAAUAAGCUAUGAUGAUGCACUUAAAAUUGACCUUUCAAAAGAUAUUGAACAUAGUGUCAAGCCAACUGCCACUGGUCCAUGGGGGGCUCCUCUUUUUGACAAGGCCAUAAUCUAUGAAUCUCCUGAAUUAUCAGAAGGAUUUGUGUUGGAGUUUCCUGAGAUGACUAGCUCGACUAGACGCGAUCACUGGCUUGCACUUGUCAAGGAAAUUAUGCUAAUGCACCAAUUCUUAUCAAAGAAUAAGGUGCAAUGUCCAAUACAAUCAUGGGAAAUGCAUUCAAGAACAAUUUUGGGGAUUAUAAGGCUCCAUGCUGCAAGAGAAAUGCUUAGAAUAUCACCCCCUGCUCCCACAAAAUUCUUGAUCUUUGCUUUGUUUGAUGAGUUACCGAAGGGUGACUACGUACUAGAAAAGCUUGCCGAUGGCUUGAAGACAGUUAAUAUUGGACAUCGAUGUAGUGCUAGCUCAGUUCUAAGGAGUUUGAACAUUUCUCGGUCAGCCAUCUCAAGCAAAAUAAUUAAAGAAGGGGACAAGGAAUGCACAAAUAAUCAAGAUAGCAUUUAUUCAUUGGAGAGUGCAAUUAAUCAAACUAGAGAGGAAGCAAAGGAAGUUGAAAUUGCCAAAGCUACUGCUGAGGGGUUGAAAGAGGAGGGGAUUAGUGAAAGUGCCACUGUGCUUAUGGAGCUGCUACAGCCACUUAAAAGUAUAGUACCAUUGUUUCAAGAAGUCAUUUCAUGGAGAAGACCAGCAACCACUGUCACAGUAAUAGUUGCGACUUUACUAAUUGUCUACAAGGAAUGGGUUGGCAAGGCUAUAGCUGCUCUUUUGUUAUGGAUAAUAUCAAGGAUGCUUCAAGCAAGACUAGGAAGAGUUCAUGAAAAAUGCAGCAAAAUAGUAGUAUGCACUGCAUCGAACCAAACUACAGUGGAAAGCAUAGUAGCAGCUCAAUUUGGAUUGCGAACAGUUCAUGAGAUGAUACAAACCACAAAUAUAGCAAUACUGAAAAUCAGGUCCAUCAUGAGCUCAAAAGCUCAUAAGCACACAGACGUGGCAAUGGUGGCAAUAAUUGUAUUGGCAGUCAUCUUUGCAGCAAUACCCUUAAAGUACAUCAUAAUUGCAGUCGCGCUUCACUGCUUUUUUAUAAAAUCGAAGCUAGGGAAGCACAUGGCAAAUAAUCGAGGAAACAGGAGGCUAAGAGAGUGGUGGGAUUCAAUCCCAAUUAUCCCUGUUCAUAUUGAAGAUAAUGCUGCCCAGUGCCCAAAGUAGAUCAUUGGAAAUACAGUAGUUUCGCAUUAUUAUAAAUGCAGCUGGAUGUCACUAAUCACCUUUGCGACGUGUCGAUUUUGUUGCUGUUUGUUACUUAGAGUGGUAAAAUCAAGAGUUGUAGAUAUGCUUCUCCAUGUUUCUAAGAAAGUAUUUUUGGUUGUCUUUAGGAUACUGUACAAACUACAUCCGCAUAUUGCUAGAUUGUAAAGUAGUAUGUAUUUUAAUAGAAUGUUAGCAGGGAAAGAACGCACAUAACAAGAAGGCAUAAUUUUCAGUGCGUUUCCUUUAAAGAUA